UCGUCGUUGGAGCAACGAUGGCUAGCGCUGCAGCUAAACAAGCGCCUAAAAACACCCCCAAGGUAUCCGCGGGAGGCACCGGGGCGGCGGGGGCUAGCGGUGGGCCCCCGAUAAUGCCCCUCGCCUCUCCGCUCAUGGGGAAAAAGAAGAAACCGUUCCUGGGGAUGCCCGCUCCGCUGGGCUACGUUCCCGGUCUCGGCAGAGGUGCAACUGGUUUCACAACCCGGUCUGAUAUUGGUCCUGCUCGUGAUGCCAAUGAUCCAGUGGAUGACCGGCAUGCACCACCAGGGAAGAGGACGGUUGGGGACCAAAUGAAAAAGAACCAAGACGACGAUGAUGAAGAUCUGAACGAUACCAAUUAUGAUGAGUUUAAUGGAUAUGCAGGAAGCUUGUUCUCUAGUGGGCCCUAUGAGAAAGACGACGAAGAGGCAGAUGCUAUAUAUGCAGCACUGGACAAGAGGAUGGAUGAGAGACGCAAGGAAAGAAGGGAGUUGAGAGAAAAGGAGGAAAUCGAAAAAUAUCGUAUGGAGCGACCCAAAAUCCAGCAGCAGUUUUCUGACCUAAAGAGGAAGUUGGCAGAGGUGUCAGAAGAGGAGUGGUUGAGCAUCCCUGAGGUGGGAGAUGCAAGGAACAAGCGGCAGAGGAAUCCUCGCUAUGAAAAACUCACCCCUGUUCCUGAUAGCUUCUUCUCCAAGCACCUGCAGACUGGAGAGAACCACACCACUGUUGACCCUCUGCAAGGGCUGGGAGGUCUGAACACCCCUUACCCAGGAAGUAUGACCCCUGGUCUGAUGACACCAGGGACAGGAGAGCUGGACAUGAGGAAAAUCGGUCAGGCCAGGAACACACUCAUGGAUAUGAGGCUCAGUCAGGUAUCUGACUCAGUGAGUGGACAGACAGUGGUGGAUCCUAAGGGUUACUUGACAGAUCUCAACUCCAUGAUCCCCACACAUGGAGGGGACAUCAGUGACAUAAAGAAGGCUCGUCUGCUGCUGAAAUCAGUGAGGGAGACCAAUCCUCAUCACCCACCUGCCUGGAUUGCCUCUGCCAGGCUAGAGGAGGUGACCGGCAAACUGCAGGUGGCGAGGAACCUAAUCAUGAAAGGCACUGAGAUGUGCCCUAAGAGUGAGGAUGUGUGGCUGGAGGCAGCCAGGCUCCAGCCUGGUGACACAGCUAAAGCUGUGGUAGCCCAGGCUGUCCGCCACCUGCCGCAGUCUGUCCGCAUCUACAUCAGAGCUGCAGAGCUGGAGACUGACGUCAGGGCCAAGAAACGAGUCCUCAGGAAGGCCCUGGAGAAUGUGUCCAAGUCAGUUCGACUGUGGAAGACCGCUGUUGAGCUGGAGGAGCCCGAGGAUGCCAGGAUCAUGCUUAGCCGAGCCGUGGAGUGUUGCCCUACCAGUGUGGAGCUGUGGCUGGCACUGGCCCGGUUAGAGACAUAUGAGAACGCCCGUCGUGUCCUGAACAAAGCUCGAGAGAACAUUCCCACUGAUCGUCACAUCUGGAUCACUGCUGCCAAGUUGGAGGAGGCCAAUGGCAACACUCAGAUGGUGGAUAAGAUCAUUGACAGAGCCAUCACUUCUCUACACGCCAAUGGUGUGGAGAUCAACAGAGAGCAGUGGAUACAGGAUGCAGAAGAAUGUGACAAAGCUGGCAGUGUGGCUACCUGCCAGGCUGUUAUAAGGGCCGUCAUAGGGAUUGGCAUCGAGGAGGAGGACCGUAAACACACCUGGAUGGAGGAUGCAGAGAGUUGUGUGGCCCACGGAGCUCUGGAGUGUGCCAGGGCCAUUUAUGCCCAUGCUCUGCAGGUGUUCCCCAGUAAAAAAAGUGUCUGGCUUAGAGCUGCCUACUUUGAGAAGAGCCAUGGCACCAGGGAGUCCUUGGAGGCCCUGCUCCAGAGGGCUGUAGCUCACUGUCCCAAGGCAGAGGUCCUGUGGCUGAUGGGGGCCAAGUCCAAGUGGCUGGCUGAGGAUGUGCCUGCAGCCAGAAGUAUCCUUGCUCUGGCCUUCCAGGCUAACCCUAACAGUGAAGAGAUCUGGCUUGCAGCUGUUAAAUUGGAGUCUGAGAAUAAUGAGUAUGAAAGAGCCCGUCGACUGCUGGCAAAGGCCCGCAGCAGUGCCCCAACAGCCAGGGUAUUUAUGAAGUCAGUGAAGUUGGAGUGGGUGCUGGGCAACAUAGAAGCUGCCCAGGAGUUGUGCACUGAGGCUCUGAAACACUAUGAGGACUUCCCAAAACUUUGGAUGAUGAGAGGCCAGAUAGAGGAGCAGUGUGAAAACAUGGACAAGGCCAGAGAGGCCUACAACCAAGGGUUGAAAAAGUGUCCCCACUCCGUGCCCCUGUGGCUGUUGCUGUCCCAUCUUGAAGAGAGAGUGGGACAGCUGACCAGAGCCAGAGCGAUCCUGGAGAAGGCACGACUCAAGAACCCCCAGAGCCCCGAGCUAUGGUUGGAGUCGGUUAGACUGGAGUUCCGAGCCGGACUCAAGAACAUUGCCAACACACUGAUGGCCAAAGCCCUGCAGGAGUGCCCCAAUUCAGGUAUCCUGUGGGCUGAGGCUGUGUUUUUGGAGGCCAGGCCCCAAAGGAAGACAAAGAGUGUGGACGCUUUGAAGAAGUGCGAACAUGAUCCCCACGUCUUGCUCGCUGUUGCCAAGUUGUUUUGGAGUGAGCGGAAGAUCACUAAAGCCAGAGAGUGGUUCCUCAGGACUGUAAAGAUUGAGCCAGACCUAGGAGAUGCUUGGUCUUUCUUCUACAAGUUUGAGCUGCAACAUGGCACAGAGGAACAGCAGGAAGAGGUGCGAAAGCGCUGCGAGAAUGCGGAGCCCCGCCACGGAGAACUGUGGUGUGCCGAGUCCAAACACGUCUUGAAUUGGCAGAAAAAGACUGGAGAGAUCUUAGCGCUGGUCGCCAGCAAGAUCAAGAACACAUUCUGAGACUUAGGAAAUUUAGACUGAAAACACCUGGAGGACUCUGGCAGUCACAAGUCAAUCAAGGAGCAGCUAUGGACAUGCUCAGCUAUUGUUCUCUAUCUGGACUUGCCCAUCUCUGGAGCAUACAAAAUAUUAACAAAUAUCCCCAUAUCGUUUUCAUGUUUCAUUGUUUUACAAACUUAAAUCACAGUUGUUGUGCUUAGCAACAGAAAAUGAUGAUUUAAUGUAGAAGUGAAAACAAGUCUCUACAAGUUUUUUAAUCAAGUAGUGAUAUAAAAGUCAAAAUCACUCAUAACCCAUUUCAAGUGAAUAUGUAAUGGCGUCAUGUUUGGCAGCAGUGAAAGUGCUGGGUUUUGUGGAUAGGUCUGUGGUCUGUCCAGUUGCCCGGAGACUGUCAGUGAACUGCAUUUUCCAUGUCCUCAGAUGGACUGAGCUUUGGACUCAGCCACUUCAGGACAUUGAUGUUAUGAUUUUUAAGCCAUUUCUGUGUAGCUUUGUCUUUCUUUCUGAGGUCUUUGUCUUGCGUCUGAGUCUGCCUGCAGACUGCGCAGGUUGUCCUUUGGGAUUUCCUUGUAUUUCGCUGCAGUCAUUUUACCCUCAACCCUCAGAAGCUGUUCCAGGCCUGCCCACAGUGCGAUGGUGCUAUCAGCAUGCUUUGUGGUGGAGAUUGUGUUAAUAGCGAUGUUGAUUGUUUUGCUUACCCACAAACACUCAGAUGUUAGUCAAGGUUUUUUUUUCCACACAUGGUGUCUUGUUUAUGUGCUGCACCAGCUGUCGAUUCAGGUAUGCGUGAGCAGCUUGUGCCAGUUGUGUUUGCUAAAUUCAAAUGCGGUAAAAACCACACCCCACCAGCACAAACCGACACUUAAUUUGUUAAUCUGGUUUCACUUUUGUAUUAGUCUUUUUUUUUUUCUUUUUGCUGCUGAAUGUUGUCAGUAUUCCCAGUUGCAGUCAUUGUGGUUGAGUGAAAAUUGUAAAAGAAUAAACAUGAAAAAGCAAAACUGAAAAUGAAUACUUUCAGUAGUCACUGUAGGAGAGAAACAUUUAACAGUAGAUUUGGACAGAACUUUUUAGGUAUCAAGUGAUCAGUUGUUAUUGUCUAAAAUGGUGUUUGUUUAAAAAAAAUCUAAA